AUGCCGCUACCAAAAGCAACUCUUGUAUUUGUCUCCGGUGCUUUCCACGACCAGGACAUAUUCGAACCGGUUAUCCCCUGGCUCCGCCGGACAGGGCACCCGCUGGACUUCAACAUCAAACUACCCAGUGUAGGCAACAACUCAGCGAGUAGCCUACAGGAGGACGCAGAUACGAUUAGGAAUAGAGUGUUGGAUGUCUUAGACAAGGUGGAUGGGGGCAACAACGUUGUCAUGGUGCUAUUCUCUUACGCAGCUGUGCCGGCAGUGCAGGGACUCGUCGGUCUCGACCAGAAGACUCGUGGACCCGGAAAGACAGCCAUCCUAAAAUUUCUUUUUAUUUCGUGUAAUAUGCCCAAGAUAGGCGAGAGCCUUCUGAAACAGUUUGAGAAUUGGGCCAAAUUGCAAGAUUUGAAGACGGAUCCUUCGGAUGGCGUGCCUACUUUUAUAGCUGGCCCCGAUGUCUUCUAUAAUGGGCUUGACGAGGAAAUAAAGGCUCAUUUCUACACCGAGUUAAAGACCCAAUCCGCAGCAUCUCUCCUGGACCCCAUCACUCAAGCUGCCUACUUGGAUAUUCCCAGCUGGUACCUAGUCACUAAGCUCGAUAAUAUCAUGCCACGAGACUUUCAGAUCCUCUGUACGAAAGUCAUUGGAGAGAAGCUGCAAAAUGUUGAAGAGAUUGAAACUGGCCAUAGUAGCUUCUGGAUUAGACCAGACCGUGUUGUGGACUACAUUCUGCGGGGUGCCCGGAGUGUUGAGAAGGAUUUAUCGUGA